AUGGGGUUGCUGACACCGGAGGUACUGCGGGUUAUAGUGGUGGUAGAGUUGUGGGUGCUCCUGCUGGGGGUUCUAGCGUUGGACAGUAGCAUCGCUCUCAUCGACAGAAGAGCCUCUCACCGCAGUAGCUUCGCGACUGGGUUGUUCGGCGCGGCCGGGUUGCUGGAGCUUCGAGUACUGAUGUUGGAGGUACUGGAGCUGCUGGUGCUGGAGGUGCUAGAGCUGGAGGUGCUAGAGGUUCAGGAGCUGCUGGUGCUGGAGGUACUAGAGCUGCGUACUGGAGGUGCUAGAGCUGGAGAUACUGGAGGGCUGGAGGUACAGGAGCUGCUACUGCCGGAGGUGCUGGAGCUGGAGGUGCUGGAGGUACUGGAGCUGCUGGUGCUGGAGGUACUGGAGGUACUGGAGCUGCUGGUGCUGGAGGUGCUAGAGCUGGAGGUACUGGAGGUACGGGAGCUGCUGGUACUGGAGGUACUGGACGUGGAGGUACUAGCUGUACUGGAGCUAUUAGAGCUGGUGCUGGAGGUGCUGGAGCUGGAGGUGCUGGAGCUGCUGGCGGUACGGGUACUGUGCCGCGCCGAGCGUUCUUAG